AUGAGCCGCCGUACCUCAAGCAAGGAGGCCUCGGAGGCGGUCGGCGCCUACCUCCAGCGCACGCGUGAUUCCCGAAGCUCGCUGGAGAGUCCAAAUUCGUCGCUGUCGCCAUGGUACAUCAGCGACCGGUAUGGGGUAAGCCUCAGCACCAUGACAAUAAGGAGUCCCUAUCAGCCACACUCCGUCUCAGGAAGCAUGAGCGGCAUAAAUUACAUGACGUCGGUAUCAUCCAGCAUCAUUCCCCGCACGCGGACGCGGCUCAUCACAGCCAGCACGAGCGGUGGUGGCCAGGUCAUUCACGGUGGCGGCGCCGACAGCGUGCCGUACGCUUGCAGACCGCUUCGUGUCGGGACCGACACUGCGAUCACCGGCAGCAAUGAGCCGUUUCCGUCAUACGUACGCGUCAUACCAUCUCACGGUCACCUCGUCCAAAGCCACUCGUCUUCGUGCAGUUGUGGACACGCGUUCGUCCGCCACACCACUCGCGUAAGCGUUCGGGUGGGGUCCAUGACGAGCAGCCCGGUGAUUGCCGACCGCAUGAGACAGGCGAGCUUCGGAAGGCGUACUACGAGGCGCGCUUCCUUUGUCACCGCGAAGCUAUCGGUCUCUACUGGACAGGCUGCGCAGACAACCUCGACCUCCUGUGCUACGCUCGCGGACUUCAAGCAGCUCGACGUCACGCCGGGAGCCCUCACGAGUGCCCAAACGGACGCGGCCGGACAAUUGGGGGUGACACCGACAGCAUCAACUAGCUCGCACGACGACGUCGGCAGAGCUUUGUUCAGUGACUGGGCACACCGGAAGCAGGAAAUGUUCGCGGACAUAUUUAAGGACAGGAAUGACUUCUUCGCGGACCUGUUGAGAAAGCGCGUUGACGAAGAACACCAACCCAUUGCACCCGCGCAGGUGACACUGUCUGCUGAUUCUUCACACAGUGGACCAUUUAUGACAACCAUAUCCGAAGCGGGAGAAAAAGACGGCCCCGAUACGUCUGCCGAAAACUACACUGUGCACAGCGCUACCACCGCGUCGUCGACAACUGAAAAGACUGCCGUUGAAGAAAAGACACCACUGCAAGCUUUGACGGCUUCGACGCGUUUGACGUCGUCUGAGUUUUACUCGUAUGAAUUUUCGAAAACUCAAGUUACCGAAACUCCAAACGACGGAGUUACAAAAGAAAUACCCCAGCAUAAAGCAGCAAGCCUGGACGGAAAGCUUCAGUACAAGUCAUUUGACUUUCAGCCCAAAGAAGUUGUAAUGGCUCCAGACGCCCCAGAUGCUGAGACAGUGAAAGGAACAAGUGUGGAUUUGUCAACCACAGAAACAAAGAGUGGAGAAAAAAAGGGGCGACUAGGGGAAACACUUCCUUUGGAGCAGUUUCAUAGCACUAAAGCUAUGCCAGUUUCCUCUGCAGAAAGCCUCGAAGCUGCUUCCACGCGCACUCAAGUGCCGACUGAGGCGAGGGGCCACAGCUAUGUUCCUGCCCUUGCCGAAUCCUCCUUCGAAACACCAGGAGCCACGAGCGAAGAACACCACCUGUUACCGACGUCCUUGGAAGGUCCGUUUAUGUCGAUGGCGUCUGACAUGACAGAUUUUCCCGCACUCGACUUGAGCAAAAUGCAAGAACCUGAUGUGUCGACACAGUCUUCCUCUCUGCAAAAACCAGAUAACGGUGAAGUUCAGACGCAGUUAGCCGAACGACCGCAAACGGAUCAAAGGGCGCAAAUACAAGCGACUGGUAGUCUCCUCAAACUUGGAGCUUCGAGAGUUAGUUGCCCUAUUCUUGAAGACCAAACGCCUCGGCCACAACAUACCACUGAGGCAAUAGGACAAAAAGAAAUAGGAGAGCACACGAAAGAAUGUGAGUCAAGAGAAGUGAUAUCGAUGCCACCAUAUCGACGAUCCGAGCUUGCUCUAUCGGAACAGACCACCACCUUUGAUAAGGGUGCCCUUGAAAAGCAGAGUGACCAUAAUCUCAAAGACGUUGCUCAAGAGCACCCGUCUCAAGGACGGCCUCGUGAAGAAAGUGACGCAAGAGAUUUCGUGCCAAAAGAGGUUGAUCUAAGUAAUGAAAUGGCUGCCUCAGUAGGUUCGGUCACAGUUUCUGAUGCUGCCACAGCAGAAAAGAACAAGAACCUUCCACUAGCCAGUGAUACUCAGGAGCCCACCAAUCAAGAAUAUCCAGCAAAAGAGGAACACGACAAACGGGCCUCGAAAAUAUUGGCCGGGCUCCCAGAGCUAGACAGUGAACUAAUUUCUUCGGAACACGCACCCCUUUCCGACGCCAGUAUGACACUGCACACCGAUGAUAUUCUGACGUCAACACAAAUCGGUGAGUCUAGUACUGAUGAUAAUGUGGGGAUGAGACAAACUCCAAAAGAAAGCGGAGAAAUCAUACCAAGACGGGAAGAACGAAGCAGUGAACAGGGUCUGCCAGAAGAAUCCGCAGUAGAUGACGAGAAGUCCACAGAAAAACGCGGUAGCAUUCCAUUUACUGAACCUGCAGUGGGGCCCAGGCCCAUGAUGGAACGCUAUGUGGAUAAGAAGGAACACGACAAGCAGACUUCAGACGUUUUGAUAGGGCAUCCAGAGCAAGACAGUGAACAAUUUUUUUCAAAACAAGCACCGCUUCCCGACGUCAGCAUGGCACAGCAUACCCCUGAUAUCCUGCCUUCAACACAAACUGGCGAGUCUGGUGCUGAUGAACAGGUUCCCAAGAGAGACAGAGCAAAAGAAAGCGGGAUAGAAGAAAUCGUAGCGGGACACGAAGAACGAAGCAGUCAACCGGAAUUACCGGACAGUUCAGCUGUAUUUGAAGCACUGCCAACGGAAAAGCACGGUGGCAUUCCAUUUACUGAAGCUGCCGUGGAGACCGGGAAGGAACACUACGUAGGAAAGCAGGAACACGACAAGCAGACCUCGGACAUUUUGGUCGGGCACCCAGAGCAAGACAGCAAACUCAUUUCAUCAAAACAAGCACCGCUUCCCGACGUCAGCAUGGCACAGCAUACCACUGACAUUCUGCCGUCAGCACAAACUUGCGAGUCUGGUGCUGAUGAGGAUGUUUCCAAGAGAGAAAUUGCAAGAGAAAGCAGGAUUGGAGAGAUCAUACCAAAACAUGAAGAACAAAGCAGUCAACCCGAAUUACCAAAAAGUUCAGCCGUAGUUGAAACGCAACCACCAGAAAAGCACGAUGGCAUUCCAUUUACUAAACCUGCCGUGGAGCUCAUGAACGAACAUUAUGUAGCAGAGCUGGUUUUCGACAAAAAGACCUCUGAUAUUUUCGUCGGGCCCCAACAGCAAGACAGUGAACAAAUUUCUUCAGAACAUGCAGCCGUUCCCGGUGUCAGCAUAACGCGGGACACCACUGGUAUCGUGGCGUCAACGCAAGUUGGUGCGUCUGCUGCUGAUGAAAAUGUUUCAACUAGACAAGCUGCGGAGGCUAGCAAGUCAAAAGAUAUCGUGCCAGGACAGGAAUAUGAAGGCAGCGAGCCAGCGUCGACUAAAGGCCAUGCUAUACUCGAGACGAAGGCAACAGCAAGAGAGACAGGCAUUUCAUUUACUGAACCUUCCACGGAGCCCACAGACGAUGUUAUUAUUAGAAAACAGAAGCCUGACAAAAAGAUUCAGCGCAAGAUGAGUAGCAAUCUACAACAAGUAGGCGAACUAUUUUCCACAGAACCAACACUGUUGUCUGACGUUGACCUCAGUGCAACGCAGCAGCCUUAUGAUUCUCUGAUUCGACAGAGCGCUUCCGCUGCGUCCUAUGAAAACACAAGUCAGCACGAGACUGCGAAGAUAAGCAACUUGAGAGACUUCAUGCCAAGACAAGAUCAAGAAGGCGAACCAGCAUCAUCAGAAAGUUUUGCUGCAUUAGAGUUAAAGGCAACUGCAAAACACGAAGGCAUUCCAUUUGCUGACCUUCCAACGGAGCCUACAGACGAUGAUUUUAUAAGAAGGCAGAGGCCUGAGAAAGGAAUUCAGCGUGACGUGAGUAGCUCCAGUUACCUGCAAAAGGGAGGCGAGCUAGUUUCUACAGAACCAACACCGUUGUCUGAAGCUGACCUCAGCACAACACAGCCAACUGACGACUGGCUGCUUCAUCAGAGCUCUGCCGCUGCGCCUGAUGAAAGCACAUUGCUGCACGAAACUGCGAAAGUAAGGCACUUACAAGACAUUGUGCCGAGACAAAAGGAUCAAAGCAGCAAACCCGCAUCAUUAGAAAGUUCUGCCGAAUUUGAAAUGAAGGCAACAGCAGAACAAAACGUUCCACUUGCUGAACUUAGCACAGAGCCAACGGACGAUGGUUUUAUGAAAAAACAGAAGCCUGAGAAAGAGAGUCAGCGCAAGGUGUCUAGUGAACUGCGACAAGGAGGCGAAUUAGUUUCUACGGCGCCAACACUGUUUUCUGACAGUGAAUUCGGCACAGCAGUGAAAUCCGAUGAUUCCUUGCUUUCACAGCAUGCUGCCUCUGCGCCUGAUGAAAGCACAAUGCCACACGCAACUGAGAAAAUAAGCAGCUUAAGAGACGUUGUUCCAAGACAAGAAGAUAAAGGCAACGAGCCAGCAUCAUCCGAAAGUUCUGCUGCGCUUGAGUUGAAGGCCAUCGCAAAACACGAACGCAUUCCAUUUGUUGAACUUUCGACCAAACCCACGGACGAUGACUUUAUGAAAAAACCGAAGCCUGAGAAAGAGAGUCAGCCUGCAGUGACCAGUUAUCCGCAAGGAGGAGUUUCACUAGUUUCCACAAAACCAACACCGCCAUCGGCCACUGGUGUCCGCACAACACAGCCGCCUGACGAUUCUCUGCUUCCGCACAGCAGUGCAUAUGCGUCAGACGAAAGCAUAACGAUGCUAGUAGUUGUAAAUUUAAGUGACUUAAAAGACGCUGGACCAGGGAAAGAGGAUCAUAAGAGCGAACGAGCACCGUCAGAAAUUUCUCGUGUAGUUGAAAGAAGUGCAACAGAAAAGCACGAAGCGUUACUCAAGCAUGCACUGUCCACUUCACUGGAAUAUGCGCAGCAUCCAGACCACAAGGAAGAAAAUGUUGAAGAUCGGGCAGAGAACGUCAAGACUGGCGUGCUUCCCGCAGGUCAGUCUACAGCGUUAGGCCUGCAAGUUGGCCCACUGGGGGUGAAACGUACCAGUAAAGAAAAGACAAGUACAGGGAGAGAAGUCAUCCAAUGCGCGACUGUGGCGAAUGAGCUUACGUGGUCAGCGUCUUUGGAACGUCCCACGGAGAAUCCAGAAGGGGAACCAGAGCCAACAGAAGACGCAACACUGGCUACCAAGCCAGACAUCCAGCAACCGAAGAAAGACGAAAUCGAACGAACAGUGAGCGACUUGGUGGUUGGCACGUUUGACAAGGAACGCGGACCACUUCUUUCAGUCACGAAGACGGAGAAGCAUUCAUGCGAAAUAACGAGCGAACGUACCCUCAAGCGGUACGGUGACACGAAGCCCAUGGAGAGUGUGACUGGAGCACGUGAAAGUUUUGUGAUUAAGGGGACCGAAUCGCAGUUCUUCGAUGCAUCAAUGAGAAAGUCGAUCAUGAGAAACGCACCAGAGAUAGCUCGAGCAGAAGUUGAGUACAACCACUGGAAGUUCGAGCCAGACGUCUUUUUGGACGAUUUAAUGGGCAAAAGCGCUAUCGAACCAACAGAGCCAAGUCAGCCUUGUGAUUUCAUCGCAAGGCCUUUCGACAUUUUCGACGACGUUGUUGCAGUUGCAGCCAUCAGCGCCACCGAAGCAGUUUCUUGGAAGCACUCACUGUCCGAAGACGCCGUCAUACCGGUGGAAUCCAGAUUGACGAAGGAAAGUGUUCCGUACUGUCACGAAAUAGAAAUUGAAGAUAAUGACAACGCUUUCUACAACACUAACGGGGUGGACAAAACGCCCGAGAAAGCAUCCUCGAAAUUUGAUAGUGACCCAAUUUGCCCUCCGAAUGCCUCACUAGUGGCAACGUUUAGUCUAUUACCAGAAGCCGAGUUUGGAUCCCUAACCAAUCAGAACCAGUGCUACACGCCCCCGUUUCACACUGAAGACGUGCAAGCACUGUCUGAUAAGCAGGCCAAGCUGCACUCUGCUAACAUCUCCCUCGAGAAAAAUUGCGCACCAUUCGAAACUGCAACUCCGCCUGUUCGAAAACCACCUCUCGAAACACCAGCUGCAGAACCGCCGACCACUGAAAACAAAGACGACGGACUGCAGCGUCCUCUGUACGUUGAGGCUGCUUUUGAGGACGCCAAGCGCCAAGUGCACAAGCCGUUGCUUUCUCUCGGUACUGGACGCACCGACUAUAGUGACGAACACAUAACAAGCACUUGCGAUGAUGAAACGGCACCUGUCGACCGUCUAGAGAACGCAAAGGGAGCAGCAAACAGCACCUUGGAAAGCUCAAUUAGAGAGUUUGAGACCAGUGUGCUAGCAGGCGCUGCCUCCAGCGGUUCCUUAAGAAAAGGAGGUCUCCCCACAACAGAGCAAAAGACAUGGCUAAGCAGCGUCAGUGUCGGCUACACACAAGAACCACGAGCUAGCGAUAACACGUCUUCUAGCGGUGGAGAUGGCUCGGAUGACUUCGAACGCCUAAAGGUUCGCCUCUUUGAAAGAACCCUUUCCGAAGGUCCAGGAGAUAUCGCCGAUGAGGAUCUCCGGAAAAGCGAGCUCGCGUCAUCGCUCAGCCCUUCGCACGUUGUUUGUACGGACACUCCGUUUACGCGGGAGCACGCAUGGAGCUUUGAUUCGGAGGUUGGAUACGCCCCAGCGACUGUGCUGAGAGACGACGUUUACCGAAUGAGCUUGCCGAGCUCAGCUGCCGCUGAAGGCCCCGCAAACGAAGGCAGCAAAAUCGGGGUUCCCGCCUCAGACAAGGAGACCACGAAAUCGGUGAACACAUUGACGCCCGCGUGCGAAAGUACGUUAAUCGCUAAAGAGUAUGCCAGGCGACACAGUGAAGAACCGCAGAAUGAAAAUUAUGAUGCGAUAGCAACAUCGGUGCCACUGGAACGUUCCCGAAGCGAGCGCAGCGAGUCACCUGCUAAGCACAACGGUGAAAAGCGCAUGGAACCUCUCUCGAAGCCGGCAGGCGCAGACAGUGAGGACGACGGCCGCGACAUCAGUGGCCAAUCACCAGACGCUGACGAUGAGAACCACGAGGCUGUUUCCCGAUACAAGGAGCUGCGAUUCGAAAACUUUAGAAGGAUCGUGAAAUGCAUGGCAGACCUGUCGUCGCGUAGCGAGGUAGACAUCGUGUACGAAUCGUUUGUUACCCCCGUUGGCAAAGUCUGCGACAUGCUCGGCAGCGUUCAUUACGAUACUGCGUUCAAGGUUUGCGUUGUGGACGACUACGAUUUAGCAUCCAUCAUGCACGACCGCUGGAAUGAAGACGCUGCCAGCGUGGCUCCUACGAUCAAGACGUUUUGGUCUUACAGCCCACACAGCUUUCUGAUGUCCGUAGACGAGAACGGUACGCAGUGCGGCAUCAUCAGCGCCAUCGUGUUCGAGGACGAGCAGGCCUUCUGCGCGGCAAACAGCGUCAAGCGCGAGUUCCUGGCCGAAGGCGCCAAGCGGCAACUGUGGGAUGCACUGCUGAGCGUGGAGCACGGCAAGAACUUGUUCACCGUGGUGCCGGCAAACGAGGUAGGAGCCUAUUACCGCCACCUGGGCUUCUACACGUCGGCCAGGGGCCUCAUCCUGCACGGAAGGCUAGCGUCAGACACGGAACUCGCGCCACUCGGCCAAGUCCCGCUGCCGGAUGGCGUCGAAAUCGUCAAGUUCAAAAAGCAAAUGUACUCGUCCCUGCUGAGCUUCGACAAGAGCACGCUCGGGUUCGGCCGCAAGCGCUUCUGGAGGAUGACGCUGCGCGAGGGUCCCAUCUCGUUCCGCGUGGCUCUGCAAGGAGGCAGCGUGUGCGGCUACGCAGGCCUCCAGAACGACGUCAACGGCGUGCCCGUCGUACGCUGGGUGGUGGCCGCCGACGGGCGGGUGGCGAUGCGCCUCCUGCACAACCUGCUCGCUGGGUCGUUCACGUUCCGUCAGCGCGGCGCCUGGAUGGCGCUGUACGCGCGCAGCCACGCGUCGGCCGCCCUCCUGCGGCACCUGGACACCAGCGGCUUCGAGCCGUGGAUGCUUCUCUUCAAUCGCCGGGAACCCUUCCUUCAGUACAAGAACAUAGCGGUGCUCACCUACAUAUGA